AUGCGGUAUCGUCAACUGCUCGUAGCUGCAGCUACGCUGAUACAACCCAAAGCUACCGACGCGUACAAGCUUGUGUCGACAGGAUCUACGGUACAACUCAAUGGCAUUCCAUACUACGUACCUCAAGCCUCGGUCGGCCGGAUUGAAGUCGCAUUGCCCAAGACAUCGGAUGGGCUGGGACUGCUCCCCAUAACCGUCAUCAGCUCAGCGUCCAAGACCUUUGGUCCGGCCGAUUUCGAGUCGGUCAAGAUAAAGUUCAGCCAGACUGACGAUGUUUUCCAGGAUGGAUUCCUCAACGCCCUAUACCUCCAAGGCCAGGGUACAUAUCCCAAGUCCAUCAACGACUGCACCAUAUUCUCAUCGAAGCACAACACAUCCUUUCCCCAGGGGCCCUACUUCAUCUCUCAUACGGGCUUCCUAUAUCAAGCGCAUCGACUCUACUCCGACACUCAAGGAGCCUUUACCGAAACAUCGGUUCUCAAUCCCGAUGGGUCAUACUCGGUCCUACCAGCCAAUAUACCUGGUCAGUCACUUGCAGUCGCCGUCCCGUCGCGACUCUACUUCACGAAGACGCCCGAAAAGCCUCUGGCAGGUGUGCGCCUCGGGGUCAAGGACAUAUUCGAUGUCAAGGGCCUCAAAACAGCGAAUGCCAACCGGGCAUGGUAUAAUCUCUAUCCUGCCGCCAAUGUCACUGCGCUAGCUGUGCAGAACUUGAUCGAUGCUGGGGUUGUGAUUGUGGGCAAAAUGAAGACGAGUCAGUUUGCCAUCGGGGAGACUGCGACUGCCGACUGGGUGGACGUGCAUGCACCGUUCAACCCACGUGGCGAUGGUUACCAGGAUCCUUCAUCUUCUUCGGCCGGGCCUGCUGCUGGCACAGCAUCAUACCCGUGGCUCGACAUAGCCAUCGGCUCGGAUACGGGCGGGAGCAUUAGGAGCCCCAGCCAAAUACAGGGCGUGUUCGGCAAUCGACCUAGCCAUGGCUUGGUGACGCUUGCCAACACAAUGCCCAUUGCCCCUGGGCUUGAUACCGCAGGCAUCUUUGCGCGUGAUCCCAAACUUUGGAGGACGGCAGCCAAGGCUCUGUACCGCGAGAACAUGACCUUCAUCGACAAGUUUCCGUCUAGCAUCCUCACGGUGGGGUUCCCGACCGACACCACCUCCGAGCUUGCAAGCAUGUUUUCGGGGUUCCUCAAACGCCUGAGCGACUUCCUGUCCGCGAACACCACGCCAUUCAACUUGACCGCGUCGUGGGCAUCAUCCCGCCCGGGCGGUCAGCCGUUUGACGUCUUCAUCAACAACACGUACGAGAUCAUCACGGCUGCAGAGCAGACCAAGCUCGUGCGAGACCUUUUCUACGCGGAUUAUGCCGCCGCACACGAUGGCCGCCUACCGUUUGUCAAUCCUAGCCCGCUCGACCGCUGGGCUGUCGCCGACGCUUUCCCCGGCGCGCUUGAUUCGGCCAAGGCGAAGCAAAGGCAAUUCCGCGAAUGGAUUGACAGUGUGGUUCUUGCCGGCGACCCGGAGACAUGCUCCAAGCACCUAUUUGUGUAUGUGCCGCGCACGCCAAGGCCCAAGUACCGAAAUGCGUACCUUCAGGGCGUGACGCCGCCGGCAGCUUUCUCGACAAGCCGCAUCUCCGUCAUCGGCGAGGUGCCGGACCUCGUUGUGCCGAUUGGGGAGAUGGCAUACAAAUCGGCAAUCACAAAUCACACCGAGUAUCUGCCCGUGACGGUGGACUUGAUGGCCCGAAAAGGCUGUGAUGGCAUGCUGUUUUCCCUCGUCGAGAGGCUGCUGGAGGAGGGUAUCAUCGGCGUGAGCAAGCCAGGGAGAAGCCUCUUGGGUGGCGGCGACAUUCUUUUGUAG